GCGGCGCCGGUCUAGGAAUUGACACUGGUUAUUCAUUCCUCCGUGACCACAAAACGUUGCAAGCAUUUUCAAUGAGCAAACGUAAAUCAGGUUCAUAGCAGCCGGGAAUCAAGGGACGGCAGUGCACUGCUUUCACCUGGUGCUAGCAAGAUCGACAUUGCGGGUCUCUGCGGUCUAACGGACACACGAGAAAGCGUUUCAUUUUUUUUGCGCGUCCAAGUGUUCUAGGAGCGUUCCGUUUUCGCGUAGAAACAUGGCACUCACACUCAUCAACAAAAACUUGGUACUCACUGAGCAACAGGACAGCUGGGUGAUACCAACGCGAGAGCUCAAGGGGUACCACAUCUACUAUAAGGGAGAAGGCCUCACCGAAAACCCUUUUACGUUCAACCUCAGUACCAGCAUGUCAGUGGGAGACUCUUCGGCUAUCGUCGUCUUCGCUGUGCCCGAGAACAACAAAAAGUUCAACUUUUGUUUUCGACACGCUAUCGACGAUGAGUCAGUCCUCUACGAAUCAACCCUGGACUCCUCGAACAAAGUGACAGCGCAGGCAUCAACGAGGGCUCUCGGAACGGAUGCGAGUGGUAGAGGCACAACUGGUGUAGUUGUCACACCUGGCACCCAUGUUUUUCGUGUGGUGUUGGCCAAGCAAGGAGAAAUACAGUUCUACUUGGAUGACAAGCCAUUUAUAAAACCGGCUGUGCCGAAGUUCAGCUCCCUGCAGAGGCUGGAGAUCACGGCAGACGAGUUGACGGUGUACGAGGCGCACUUUACCAAUAAGAAGGAAAUACGUGCAUUUAUAUUCACUGGAAACGGAAUAGAGGUACCUACGACUCCCGCGCUGUACCCGUCUUCUUACAUAGAGUUCCGAGGCAGACCACUCGAGAAUAAACGGUCAUGGGUGCAAAUUCGUAGCGUUCUCUCCGAGCUUGUUCCCACCGAGACCUUCUUUAUUCGCGAGACGGCGACCACCACUCAAAAGCAAGUCCAAGUGGUUAUAAAAGUGUACGACACGAACUACUCAAUCUCGAGCGACGAGGGUUACCAAGCCGUGCAUCCGACGCAAUUCAAGGCACCACGUUCGUUCUCCAUAUACGAGUUUGUAUUGAGCAGCCUUCUCAUGUGUGUGCCACCCAGUUAAGAGUGCGGAAGCUCUUUGAUGUCGCAGUCACUCACCCACCGGUGACAAGGUUACACGGAUCUUCUUUUCACAAGAGCACAUUUUCAUUAAAAUAAAACUACUUAAGGUAACCAGUUGAAA